AUGUAUGUUAUCAUACCCUCACAAGUAGGCCAAGCCAGCAAGAAUCUUACGGCGGAUGUCACUGUGGCUGAGAUGGACGGAUUAACCAUCUUGACAAAGCUGAACUGGCCAUCACAAAGGCGACCCAACCAUCAGGUGCUGUCAGCGCGAUUCAACGACAAGGACCUACACCAAUUCAUGACCCAAAUCUGCGUUCAAAAGUAUGUCUGGUCAUCCAUCGAAAGCAAAAGAGGAUUCGCCGAGGAAGGCAUCAAGGAGAAACUCAGUCAAUUGUCUUUACAAAAACAAUUCAAUAUAUUCAAGGAGGCCUACGGGAAAGAAUACAGCUCAUCAGAAGAGGAGAGUAAGAGGUUCGGAAUUUUUAAGGAGAACCUGGUCAAAAUCGACAAUCUCAUGGCCAAUCGGAAAGGAAGUGUCGUUUUCGGAGUCGGCCCAUUCACGGAUUUUACAAGCGAAGAGUUUAGUGCAUUCGUUGGAAUCACACGGCCAAAGCGGAAAUCUAGUAGAAAGAGUACUCAAAAGCCAGAGCGGAAGUUCAGUGGAAACAAAAGUUCGAAACCAGAGAGAAAGUCAAGUAGAGGCAGUAUUUUGAAACCGGAGCGAAAGUCCAGUAGAGAAAACAGUCUGAGACCAGAGAGAAAGUCCAGUAGAGAAAAGAGUCCGAGACCAGAGAGAAAGUCCAGUAGAGAAAAUAGUCCGAGACCAGAGGGGAAGUCCAGUUUCUUCAGAAGUCUGAUGUCAGAUCACCGAAAGUCUGGGCAGAAGGACAGAAGUCUGAAGCCGCGAAUGCUGGAUCCGGAUUCUGGCUCAGAUUCGGAACAUCCAGGUUCCAGAAGACCCGAAAGAAGACGAUCAGCGGACCCAACACCCUCCCGCAAUCGCUCCAACAGGCGCAACUUCCCGAAUUCCCUGCCGCCGGACUGGAGGCCGGCUCCCUUUGGGACUUUGCACUACAUCGGUCCGGAACCAGAAGGAAAUAUGUUGGUGGAUUGGCGCAUUCCCAAUCACCUCUACCCGCCGACUGAAGCUCAAAACCAGUUCGGACGAGAAUGUGGCGCAUGCUGGGCUUUUUCCACAGUUAAUAUGGUUGAGAUGAUGUUGGCAAAGGAACAAAAUAAGGUCGAUAGGCUUUCAGUGCAAGCGAUACUUGACUGUGACGUGAACACCUACGGCUGUGACGGUGGGAGCAUGGUAGCAGCUUUGGAAUACAUGGAGGAACACGGAGUGCCCAUCGCGGAUGUGUACCCCUACACAGCGGAAAAAGGAGACUGCAGGCCCUACACGCCUCACGUGAAGGUAGCAGAUUUUGACCAGGUAGAACCAGAGGACCUCGAGGAACAUUUACAGCUCAGGCCAAUCGCAACGGCUAUGUUCUCAUCUCCAAACCUCCAAGUAAGAAACAUCUCUUAGGCCCUGUCCACACGAGCGUGGUUCGAGGAACUUAUUCGACGAGCUGCUCAGUUCCCGGAACUUUUUCCUUGAAAGGAGGGAUGCUGUCCACACAAGUUCGCCCAAACUGGAACCGGGACUUCAAUAAAACUAUACAAUUAUUGCAAAAUAAUAGAUUAUUACGGCCGCCAAAGUAACAAAAAUAAAUAUCAAGACAUGUGAAGGACGUAAAGAACAAAAA